AUGGAUCCAGUUGUGCUGUCUGUUGUUACUCCUUCUUCUCCUGGCGAUGUAACAAAUACCGGCGAAGGCAAUUCGAGUCCUGUUACAUCUGUUUCUUCCAAUGUGGCUAUAGGAGUUGUUAACUCACACGUAUUUCUGUUAACGGUGAAGUUGAAGGUUUUGGACAAAUGGGGAAAAUCACAUUACGCAAGAGCUCUCUUGGAUUCCGGCUCACAAGCAAAUCUCAUGACGGAACGUCUUUGUCAAUUGUUGAAGCUAAAACGAAAUGACAAGAAAGUGGAAAUAAGUGGCAUUGGGCAAUCAAGACGUCAAAUCGCUCACGAAGUCUCGACGGUUGUUGGUUCUCGUAUACAAGAAUUCUCAAUGCCGAUGGAUUUUUUGGUUAUGAGUCAGGUUACAGACGAUCAACCAUCUUUGUCUAUUCCUAUGGGAAAUUGGAAGCCCCCAUCUAGUAUGCGACUCGCUGAUCCGGAAUUUUUCCUCACUGGCCCGAUUGACAUAGUAUUGGGCUCUCAGUAUUUUUACGACUUCCAUCUCCUAGACGGUGGCCGGCUACAAAUACGAAAAUUCGACGGAAAACUUCCUGUAUUCGUCAAUACGGUCUUUGGAUGGGUAGCUGCUGGGGAGUCUGAAUGGAAGGAUGAGAAUGCUAAGGUUAGUUGUCACUUGGCAUCAACGGAAACGUUGGAUAGCAGCAUCGAAAGGUUCUGGAUAAUCGAAGAGUUAUCGGAAAAGGCACCGAGGUCUCAAGAGGAACAUGACUGCGAAACUCAUUUUCAACACACCGUUAGUCGGGAUAAAAAUGGCCGAUACAUAGUUCGGUACCCGAAGCGAAUAGGUUUUCACGAGCUGAUUGGUGAUUCGAAGGCUACAACUAUGAGACGGUUCAAACAACUGGAAAGACGUUUAGGUCGAGAACCUGAUGUUCGAAAGGAUUAUCACCAGUUUAUGCAGGAAUACUUGGAUCUGGGCCAUAUGAAGCUCGUGGGUACAGUCGAUGACACGGAGAAGACGAAAGCCGGCGGUGACUGA